AUGUCCAGUCUUCGAAAUAUCCUCCGAGUAUCAACUCGAUAUCUCCGUCCCCAUCCUUAUACUCUCACACGCAGUUUCUCUGUCCUUGCUCGUCUAUCAAGUCAAACACGCAAACCGCCAACUGCACCAGAGGCCGAGAGUGCAGCACUUCAGGGCGACCAAUCGCCAUCAUAUCUAGGUACCAUAAAACGCCUACCUGAAUUCAGUUUGGCCGAUAAAGUGGUAUGUGUUUCCGGAGCUGGAAGGGGAUUAGGAUUGGUACAGGCAGAAGCAUUAUUGGAGGCUGGUGCUAAAGUCUAUGCUCUCGACCGUCUCGAAACUCCCUCUCCAGAUUUCGAUCGCAUCGCCUCGCGCGCCCAGAAAGAGCUUGGCACAUCGCUCUCUUACCGCCGCAUCGACGUCCGAGAUGUCGAUUCUCUAAAUUCUAUAAUUAAGGAAAUAGCACAGAAGGAAGGACGUAUGGAUGGCUUGAUUGCAGCAGCGGGUAUCCAACAGGAAACUUCGGCGUUGGAAUAUACAGCUAAGGAUGUGGAUCUCAUGAUGAGUGUUAAUGUAACCGGGGUAUUCAUGACGGCCCAGGCGGUUGCGAAACAAAUGCUUAAAUUCGGUAAUGGGGGGAGUAUAGUACUUAUUGCUAGUAUGAGUGGAACCGUCGCUAACAAGGGUCUCAUCUGCCCCGCCUACAACGCAUCCAAAUCCGCCGUUCUACAACUAGCGCGCAAUCUAGCCAGCGAAUGGGGCGAACAUGGUAUCCGCGUCAAUACAAUCUCUCCAGGAUACAUCGUAACGGCCAUGGUGGAAGAAUUAUUCGAGAAAUUUCCGGAACGCAGAAUCGAAUGGCCUAAGCAGAAUAUGUUGGGGAGAUUGAGUAAGCCGGAGGAAUAUAGGGGGGCGGCUGUGUUUUUGUUGAGUGGUGCUAGUAGUUUUAUGACUGGUGCUGAUCUUCGUAUGGAUGGGGGUCACGCGAGUUGGUAG